AUGUAAUUGAUAUAAAAAUAACAUAUUCCUAAGGCUCUCAGUUUUAUUUAAGCUCUGGAAUUCCUUGUAGAGUACUUAGGUAAAUCAUCAGAAAGUAUUGAUUUGUAUCUAAUAAAGAACGAAUUUAUAAAUAUUUCUUAGGGUUGGAAUUAUUGAAAUUGAUUGUAAAACUUAGAAAAUGGUAAUUGGUGGAUAAGUGUGGUCUAAUGAUUUCAGAAAAUAACAACUAUUCCGAAACAGAUUAGCAAGAAGAUGAAGCUGCCUUGCAAUUCCAGGAUAAUUUGAGUGCCUUAGAAUAUAAUCCCAAAGCUAUCAAUGAAAAAUCUGUCAAAGAUGAACUCAAGUCAAUCAAAGACCCUAUUCCUAAAUUCAACCUUGGGUAUUAUGAUGUGAUUCAAGACAAAUAAACUUCUCUUUUAACAAUGCUACCUAUUCCAAACGAUAUGAAGUAGAAAGAUUAUGAUUCCAAACUAAAUUAAAUAAGAGUAAUUUUGUAAUUGCCACAAUUAGAUUAAAAUUGGAGAAGUCUUGCAUCUCUUCCGUCCAUUAAUCUAUUGUAUAUUGAUUCUUAAGUAUGGAGGAGAUAGCUACACUCCAUAUAUUGUUUCAUUCUUAAUUGAUUUACUAAGGUUUGUAAUAGAAUUCCAAAUUAAAAUAUAUCGAAAAAGUUAAAAAGAGGAACUCAAAAUGAGAACCAAAGAAGCCAUAGUAUAACUAUAUAAAUAAUCAAGAUCUGCUAUAUUUUAAGGAAUCCAUUCUACAGUACAAUCGUGAAGCAGAUCAUCUUAAGCAAUACUCUGGGGAAGAUCUUAAAUCCAUAAGGGUGGAUCUAUCGUCUUGUAAUUGCAAUAAUUGAAUUAAGAUCAUCAAAGUGUCUUUUAUUGUGA